CAAACCCCCCAAGGCCACGGGGAAGACAAUUUGUUUUGAAGUUUCAACGGCGCCAGCUGAACAGAGAAAUCAUUUCACUUUCCCAACGACUGUUGUGGGGAAUAAAAUAGUCCGGUUACGAGCUAGUGCCAGCUGAAUAUUUGAAGACUAACGUUUGGUCCUGGGAAAAUUGUUCAAUAUUGGUGAAUUAUUUUUGUUGAAAAUAUGGGGCUCAGGAUUUUCGUGAAAAUUUGUGAGGCUGGACUUUUAUCGCGAUCCAUCAACGGCGCUAAACCGAAAUGGAUCAGUCUUGGGAGAUGUAUCAGCACAACAACAACAAUGUCGAGGUCUAUGCUGAGAGACUCGCCCAAUGCGGCGCUCGAUAAGACACUUUUAAACAGGUAUAUGGAUCUGCCCCAACCAGAGGACAAAGUCCAGGCUAAAUACAUCUGGAUUGAUGGCACUGGUGAGGGUAUGAGGUCUAAGACAAGGACACUGGAUUUCGUGCCGAAGCAUCCAACAGAGCUUCCAUGGUGGACCUACGACGGCAGUUCAACCUAUCAAGCGGACGGUGCCAACUCGGACAUCUUCCUCCGGCCCGUGGCGAUCUACCGUGAUCCCUUUCGUCGUGGUCACAAUCGUCUAGUCCUCUGCGAGACCUUCAACAGUGACAAAACGCCAACGAAAACGAAUCUCCGUCAUAAAUGUAACGAAGCGAUGGAGGCGAUAAAGGAGCUGGAGCCAUGGUUCGGUAUCGAGCAGGAGUACACGUUCCUGGAUUUCGAUGGGAGACCUCUGGGCUGGCCCAAGAAUGGCUUCCCAGGACCACAGGGUCCUUACUACUGCGGUGUCGGUGCUGACAAGGUCAUUGGGAGGGAAAUUGUUGAGGCGCAUUACCGAGCUUGUCUUUAUGCUGGUGUCAAUCUCGCUGGUACCAAUGCCGAGGUCAUGCCAUCACAAUGGGAAUUCCAAGUUGGCCCCUGUGUGGGAAUAGCUGGUGGUGAUGAUCUGUGGAUUGCUCGCUUUAUUCUCCACCGCAUUGCUGAGGAGUACGGAGUGAUAGCUACCCUGGACCCGAAACCAGUCGAUGGAUCGUGGAAUGGAGCUGGCGCUCACACCAAUUUCUCCACCAAGCCCAUGAGACAGGAUGGUGGCAUUGCUGAAAUAAAUAAGGCCAUUGAGAGACUGAGUAAGCAACAUCUUCGUCAUAUCCAAGCUUAUGAUCCACGUGGAGGAAAGGACAAUGAGCGUCGUCUCACUGGUAAAUGCGAGACAAGCAGCAUUCAUGAUUUCAGUGCUGGCACUGCCAACAGGGGAUGCAGCAUUCGCAUUCCAAGGGGCGUUGCUGAAGACAAGAAGGGAUAUCUCGAGGACAGAAGACCCAGCAGUAAUUGUGAUCCUUAUGCUGUGUGCAAUGCACUCGUUCGCACUUGCUGUUUGAACGAGUAAAUACCAGCGAUUUAAAUUGUUUUAACCGAUUGGAGAAUUUUUAUUCAUCGAUUGAUUUUAUUGAAGAGGCUGAAGAGUUGUCAGUGCUUUAAACAAAAUCGGGGCGAUAGAAUUCUGUGAAUUUUUUCUUCUCAUUUUUAUGGAGAUGGGAGCGCGUUUUUUUUUUUGUUGAAUUUUUUUUUAUUUGAAAAGAAAUAUUAAGGUUUAAUGCAUGUGAUGCGUUCUGUUGGAAAAUUCGUAACGUACAAAUUACAUUGAUUUAUUUUUAUCUGUGAAAAUUAACACAUCAGCCGUCUGGAUAAGCAAUUUGAUAUCUCUCAGUGCUGAAUGUUCACGUCAUUGAGACGAUUAAAAUCCUAUGAAUUGUUACGAGUAAUAAUAGCAAAUUGUCAAUAAUCAUUUUUUUAGAGAACUUGGAGGAGAAUUAUGAUUUUUUCUCAACAUCAGAUUUAUAGAUUUAUAUAUUCUGUUGAAUAUUUUAGUUUUUAUUUUUCAAUUAAACCAGUGUCGCGAGUUAGUGGAAAUUUGAAUGAAAAGUUAUCAAAUCAAUUCUGUAAAUUAGAAUAUUUGCAUGUUUAGAUUAUAUCGAAAUGCAUUUGAAAGUGUCUCUGGGUCAUAAUCUCUGGUAUUAAAAAAUUAUCAAGAGGAUUUUAUAUUUCUCCAAUGUUUUUUGACAGUUAUGUAUUAUCAGUAAUUAUGCCCUCUCUGUAGAGUCGAUAUCGAGUAAGAUAUCUUCCAUAUCUUAGUCCAUCUAAUUGUCAAUUUUUGGGGAUUUGGUGCUUUCUCGAGGGCGUUAAUCAUUAGAGCAAUCAAUAUGGGGGGGGGGUCAUUGAAUCCGAUUAUGAGGGGAAUUCAUUUUUUAUCUGUCUUGUAUCGAGGUCUUGGUGACCAUCGUAAUCGUAUCUUGUUGUUUAUUACAGAUAUUUUUUUAUUCUCAAAUGUAUUUUUCAACAAUUUUUUACUCUGAUCAUUGAAGGCAUAAUCAGCGUCGAAUUUAUUCUGUCGAUACAAGAAUCUGGAAUUUUGAAGAACAGACGUUAGAAUAAUUGAAUUGACUGUCGGGUGCAGAAAUUAAUUUGAUAAUAUUUGAUAGAGUCUAUAGUUGUACAAAAGAUUAUAAAAUGUUAAUCGCUAUUUUCAGAUAAUGAUUUUUUGCUGUUGUUGUAAGAGGAGUAGAGGAUAUAUGUAUGUGUAAUAUUGUAAUUAAACAUAUUGAUAAACAGAAUAAACUAUUUUGAAAUAGUCAUUGAAAA